AAAUUCUCAGCGUAGUUACACAAGCCACCGACAGAGGACGAUUCGAUCCAUACACUCCUAUUUACUCUUCACCGAAGUAUGGUUAAGUCAGUUGCAGUAAAAAUUUUGGUAAGGGAAAUUAGUCAUACAGUCUCCUGUCAGACUUGAUGUGUUUGAUAAUUAAAUUUAGUUGAAAAGUCAAUCAUUUAUAAUAAUCAGAGGGAAUAUAGAGUGAUAAAAAGUUUUAUAUUUCAGAUAAAUAUAUCAAGAAAAACAAAUCUAGAUUGGCUGAUUUGAAAAUGUUUUGGUGGUUUGGAUGGAAAAGAACACAGGAUUUAAUAUAAUUUAAGCCUUAAUUUUUAGAAUUUUCAAAUGGGAGAUUGCAGUGAUUUAGAUAGACAAAUUGAACAACUACAAAGAUGUGAGGUGAUUGACGAAAGUGAAGUCAAAGCUCUCUGUGCUAAAGCUAGAGAGAUAUUAAUUGAAGAAAGCAAUGUUCAACAAGUAGACUCACCAAUAACUGUUUGUGGUGACAUACAUGGACAAUUUUAUGAUUUAAAAGAACUUUUUAAAGUAGGAGGGGAAGUUCCGGAUACUAAUUAUUUAUUUCUCGGUGAUUUUGUAGAUAGAGGUUUCUAUAGUGUUGAAACAUUUUUAUUGCUUCUUGCUUUAAAGGUUAGAUAUCCCGAUCGAAUAACAUUGAUACGAGGAAAUCAUGAAAGUCGUCAGAUUACUCAAGUUUAUGGAUUUUAUGAUGAAUGUAUUAGAAAAUAUGGUUCUGUUACUGUCUGGAGAUAUUGCACAGAAAUUUUUGAUUAUCUCAGUUUAUCAGCAGUUAUUGAUGGAAAAGUAAGUUGUCUUUUAUCACGAUUGUUAUAAGAA